AUCACCAGCAUCGACUUUACCAAGAGCUGCCGCCCGUGCAAGCACCCCUCGCGCUCUAGCUUGCCCGCGGUACUACCCAGAGGGUGUGACUGGCCGCAUUUCCAACGGGACUCCUCUCCAACUGGUGCAUGACAGCGCCCACUAGGGUGGUAUACCGUUCCAGUGUAGCUUUCAGCAAAACGAUGCCUGCCGCUGACCAAACGGCUAAGACAUUAACGCCGACAUCUACUGCGCGCAUCCGCCCCUGACCGUCGUGCGCCGUAUGCCAAUCACCGCUCUCGGCUUCGAUUGCUGAUUACCGACUGUACACCAGCCAGACUUGCCGCCAGCAGCACUGCGUCACGGUACUGCCGCGACACUUGCGUUUUGCUUCAACCGCCACGGGGGAAUCGCUUUCGGAGGAAAAGCUACCCGGUUACGCUACGGUGCGCAAAACGAACUGACUAGGGCUCGCUCCACGCUGGCUGUCAUCUCUACCGGCCAAAGGUUACAGCAGUCGAGGUAAGAGGGGCCGCCAAAGCAACAUCAAGCUUACUCGCCCACACAAAUCGCGUUCGACCCGACGGGAGAGCCUGAAGAAACCAACUGGAGAAAGCGAGACUGAACCAGACUACAGGCAAGAAAGCUCCUGCUUUUCUGUGGACUAGAUACCCGAAAAUCCGCCACAAUAGCCAACCCCUGCCUGCGCUUCAGGACAUCUGCGGCUGUCGUCCAUCAGGUUGUUUGCCGCGGCAAAAAGAAAAACCAGCAUAUCUGUAACAAACAGACGCAAACUUGGGCGGGUACAGCAUCAUUUGCUGCCUCCCUCUCUUUCUUAUCUGCAUUUCUCUUUUUUCCACAGUCUGUCAUACGCCAGGGGCACCCUGACCUGGGUCAGACUGCAGCGAGGCUCGGCCGCUUAAGUUCGCUACCCGUGGCUGCAGGUUCCACUGCUGCAGGCGAAGAAGCAGGGGGCAUCUUCAGCGUUGCAGUUGCGCAAAGGCCCUUUUUUUUUUUUGGCCCGCACUGAGACACACAAGCCCCCCAGUUCAGUGAAGCCCUGGCCUGGGCCGCCCACAACAGCUGCCAUGGCGGAUGGGUUCAACUCGGCCUUUCUAUUUGGGGCCGCCGUUCCCGUGCCCGUGGAGCGCUUCACCCACGUCAACCCAAUCGACUUAUUACCACGCAGGCUCGGCUCUUCAUCUACCAACAACACCAAAAGAAAUAAUAAGGCUCGCAAACGCAGUGACAGCGCCGCCAGCCACGCACCAUCGUCGUCACAGCUGCCGUUACAACCGGUCCGCUCCGCUGAAGCCGCCAUCGUGGGGCAAGAGAUCCCCGCGCAUGCAGCAAAACAGCACCAGCCCACGCUUCUCUCCUCGCCAACCUCAUCACCGGACACAUCAUCACCGGCAACCUUUGCUGGUUUCUUUAACACCCCGGGCGCCAGUCUCAGCAGGUCCAGUUUAGCUCUCCAGUCAGGCAUCCACGAAUCCAGAUAUGCACACGACCCGUCCUCGCAUCCAAUACCCUCUCGACCCCAAGACGGAAGCAAGGUGCAGCGCACUACUUCGUCAAUGACGGGAUACGCCCCCCGCACCGCAUCACUCUCGUCCAACAGCGGCACUGCUUCGCUGUCUGCCCGGACGACAACCUCUACCGACGCCACGCACUCUGAUGACAACCUCAUCUCUGCUAAACCCUUUGUCCUUCGAAAUGGCCGCACCUACCUCAGCGAUACGACCCUCCCAUACCCCCUCCCUACCGACCUAACAGAGCUGCAUCGACAGUCGAUGCGAACACUGCUCAUGAUACAGAUAUUUGGAGCACCAGUAACCUCCGCAAGAUUUGAGAAGAAGCCACCUCUACGGGUGCUGGAAAUCGGCUGCGGCUCUGGCUUCUGGAGUAUGAUGUGUCACCGCUACUUCAAGAGCCGCGGCCAUGAAAAUAUUUCUUUUACUGGAAUCGAUAUUGCCCCUGUAGCAGCGAGCACGGCGAACAACGGUAUUGAAGCCGUCAAGCCUGAUGCCGAGAUGAAGUGGAAGUUUGUGGCCCACGACCUGCGCAACAGCCCGUGGCCACUCCCCUCAGAAGAAUAUGACCUUAUCAUGGCCAAGGAUAUGAGCUUAGCCGUGCCAAAUUCACAAAGCCAAGAAGCGUUUGACGAAUACAUACGACUGCUCAGCCCCGGUGGCGUACUCGAGAUCUGGGAGUCUGACCAUUUGAUACGCAUGCUUCGACCGCACGUUCCCGGUACAAAGCAAGCUGGAGAUGAGGCUGAGGAAUAUGAAGCAGCAAAUAAGCUCGGAGCGUAUGUAAUAAACGCAAACACACCACUGGCCGCGCCACUGAAUGUCUUUCUGGUGGAAUACAACCAGUGGCUUUCAAGGGCACUCGAAACGCGUGAUUUGUCCGCUGUACCUUGCACGUUGGUCGGCCCAGCACUUCUUCAAGAAUCGGAGAUGCUCACAAGUCUCAAAUCGAAGCGCUUGGCAAUCCCGCUUAGUGAGCUUCGAUGGGAACGAGAUCGCCCUGCAUCCAGAGAUGGAAAGGAGAGGCUCAGUCAAGGCAAGCAUGAUAGGAGAACCUUGAGCGCCGGCCAGGAUGCCCUGCGGCGCACAGCGCUAUUGACGGUUGUUCAGCAAGUCCAGGCACUGGAGCCUAUCCUGCGCGAAGUUUCAUCCAAGAGCCAAGAUGAGUGGGACAGCUGGUUGGGCAAGAUGAUGGGCGACCUGAUGAGCGAAAGCGGCACCAGCUGGGGAGAAUGUCUCGAAGUUGGAGCCUGGUGUGCUACCAAGAGGAUAAUGAAAUGAAAUCACCUAUCAGCGAAUUUGGACUUUUUUGUUUUUGUAGCGAUUACUUCAUAGGCGGCGAUUUUUUUUGGACC